AUAGCUGGCAGGGAGCAGCUGGGGAGCACCAGUGCAGCUGUGGGAAGCCUGUGAGAGGAUGAGCUCCAAGCCGAAGACCAUAGAGAUCAUUGGAGCACCGUUCUCAAAGGGCCAGGGUUUCUCUGCGUAGCCUUUGGCUGUCCUGGGCUCACUUUGUAGACCAGGCUGGCCUGACACAUGUUCCUUUUAAAAUCCAUAAUACGGGUCUGGAGAAAUGGCCCAGUGGUUAAGAGCACUUACUACUCCUUGGGAAGACCAGGGUUCAGGUCCCAGCCCCCACGUCAGAGGGCCCCAGGUGCCUCUAACUCAGUCUCUUCUGGCCCCUCCUCGAGGAGGGGUAGAGAAAGGCCCCCCGGCACUGAGGAGCGCUGGCCUGGUGGAGAAACUUAAAGAAACAGAGUACGAUGUGAGAGACUAUGGGGAUGUGACCUUUGCUGGCGUCCCUAGUGACAGCCCCUUUCAAAUUGUGAAGAACCCAAGGUCUGUGGGGAAAGCCAACGAGCAGCUGGCUGGAGUGGUGGAGGAGGCCCAGAAGAAUGGAAGAGUCAGCCUGGUGCUGGGUGGCGACCACAGUAUGGCAAUCGGAAGCAUCUCUGGCCACGCCAGGGUCCACCCUGACCUGUGUGUCAUCUGGGUGGAUGCUCACACUGAUAUCAACACUCCGCUGACAACCAACACCGGGAAUCUGCAUGGGCAACCCGUGUCCUUUCUCCUGAAGGAACUAAAAGGAAAGUUCCCUGAUGUACCAGGAUUCUCCUGGGUGACUCCCUGCAUAUCUGCCAAAGAUAUCGUGUACAUCGGCUUGCGAGACGUAGAUCCUGGGGAACACUAUAUUAUAAAAACUCUGGGAAUUAAGUAUUUCUCAAUGACUGAAGUGGAUAAGCUGGGAAUUGGCAAAGUGAUGGAAGAGACUUUCAGCUACCUACUGGGAAGAAAGAAGAGGCCAAUCCACCUGAGCUUUGAUGUCGACGGGCUGGACCCAGCGUUCACGCCAGCCACUGGCACACCUGUCAUGGGAGGCCUUACUUACAGAGAAGGUCUCUACAUCACAGAAGAAAUUUGCAAGACAGGGCUACUCUCAGGACUAGAUAUCAUGGAGGUAAACCCAGCUCUUGGGAAGACACCAGAAGAUGUGACGCGUACCGUGAGCACAGCAGUGGCAUUAACCUUGGCUUGUUUUGGGACUACUCGGGAGGGUAACCAUAAGCCAGGGACUGACUACCUUAAUCCCCCUAAGUAAAUGUGGAUGUAUCACAUGAAGAUCAGCUGCUGAUACCUGACCGCAAAGUGAACAGACCUAAGCAAACAGUGGUCCUCCCAAGGCUCCUUCUCUUGUUC